AUGGGGCCCCUGGGCAAUAGGGGAUCAUGGGGCCCCUGUGUCCUUGCCCAAACUCAAAAAAGCCUAUGAAAAAGCACACUAGAUGUUACCACAUGUCACUGCACUUCAGCACAAUGCACCUCACUGCUGUGCAGGGAGGAGAAUGAAGUGUCACUAUCAGGGGCGGACUGACAACUCAUGGGGCCCCCGGGCAAUAGGGGAUCAUGGGUCCCCUGUGUUCCUCGCCCACACCCAAAAAAAACUUUGAAAAAGCCAAUGAAAGGUACCAGGAGCAUCUCAUGGGGCCCCCUACUGACCCCGGGCCCUCGGGCAGUGCUUGAGUGCUCC